AUGGCUGAUGCACAGCAGCCGUCUGUCGCCGUUAUUGGUCUUGGGGCCCAGGGUGUCAACGCCGUCAAGAAUCUGCUCGAGCAAGGCUUCAGGGUCACCGGAUUCGACCGGAACGAUUAUAUCGGAGGUAUCUGGCGCUAUUCUGCGGAACAUCACGUCUCUGCACUUCCGAGUACCAUAGUCAAUAUCUCAAGGGAACGGGCAUGCUUCACAGACUUUGCAUUCCCUCCGGGAACGGACUCUUACCCCAGCUCGGCACAAGUGGACAAGUACCUAAAUGAUUACGUCGACGCGUUCGGACUUAGACCUCAUCUGCGCCUGUCGACAAGGGUGCAUUCCAUCAAACGGGAUGACGCGCAGAACUGCUGGCACGUCACUGUCUCGGGACCCAGCUCAGCGGAGCCAGAACGGCUCAAGUUCGAUAAAGUCGUGAUGGCCACUGGGCCGCACAACAAAGCAAUCAUGCCCGAUCUGCCAGGGCUAGAACUUUUCAAAGGCGAGGUCCUACACUCAAUAGCAUUCAAGGAUCCGAAACACUUCCAAGGCAAACGCGUGAUGAUCAUAGGAGCGAGCAACUCGGCUGCAGAUACAGCCACAUCGCUCAUUGGAAUUGCCAGUGAAAUCUAUCUUUCCCAUCGGCACGGAGCUGUUGUCAUGCCCAGACAUCUCAAGAACGGAAAGUCGCUAGACCACGGCCUCAGUUACCGCCAAUUCCAGGUCAAGGACGCGAUAGAUUCGGUGGCCCCAUGGCUUUCCAUACGUUUCCUCGACGGCUUUGUCAACAAGGUACAGCGCGAAGAGUUCGGCACCUUUGAUCCCCAGUGGCGUUUACAGCCGGCCCCUUCCCUUCUUCAUCAGAACCCUACCAUAUCAGACACUCUCAUUCCAGCAUUACGCCACGGCGCGAUCAUUUCAACACAUGCGCCAAGACGUAUCACAGGCGACUGGACGGUGGAGCUGCAGGACGGCAGCAUACUCACCGUGGACAGCAUAAUCUUCUGCACCGGCUACUCGCUCGACUACUCUAUCCUCGGGAGAUACGACCCGACUUUGAACCCAAACGUUCCUGGUGGGCACGUUAACGACACGCCGCGGCUGUAUCAGAACAUCUUCUCCCUGGACUACCCAGAGAGCCUUGCCUUCGUCGGACUCGCAAUCAUCAUCUUCCCGGCAUUUCUACUUUCGGAUCUCGCCUCUAUGGCGAUAGCGACUCUCUGGUCCAACCGGCCGGAGACGCCUUCGCUUCCGUCACAUCAGGAAAUGGAGCAAUGGUACGCUGAGCAUUUGAGGUGGGUUAGCAGCAUCCGCGCGCUCAGCCCACAGGGCAAAUUUGUCAGACUGAGUGUUCGAAGUCGGCAGUGGCUUCCAUGGGUCACGGACAGGGGAGGCUGCAAUAUCGACAGUCACCUUGGCUAUUUUACUGCGGAUUCCUGGAACCUUUGGUGGAGUGAUCGGCAGUUCUACAACUUGCUCGCCCAUGGGAUAUACUCGCCGCACUUCUAUCGACUGUUUGAGAGCAGUCGCCCAGGCGGUCGAACGAAGUGGGAUGGGGCAAGAGAGGCAAUUGUGCUGGUCAAUGAGGAAGUAAGAGCCCGGGUGGAGAAGCGGAGGAAAGAAGGAGCGAGAAAGUAG